AUGAAAUUUUUUAUUGGUUAUAGUAACAUAACGAAAAAUUUAACAAAUCUUGAUAAAUAUUAUAGUACUUUAAAUAUUAAUGAUAAUGAUACAUUUAAAGAAAUUUUAAUUAAAUUAAAUAUCCAUAAAAAGUAUAUUGAAAAUAAAGAAAUAUUUAAAAAUGAUAUUUAUUAUGAAUCUACUAUUGAUGCCUCAGCAUCAUAUAAUUUUGAAGAAAAUAAAAUAUAUAUUAAUGCAGGAUAUAUGAAUUUACCAUUUUAUGAUAUCAAUUUGAUAAGUUCAAUAAAUUUUGGUAGUAUUGGUUUUAUAUUAGGACAUGAAAUGGCUCAUGCUUUUGAUAAUUUUGGAAUAAAUUAUAAUAAUAAAUGGAAUAAUAAUUUAAAUGAUAAUAUAUAUGAUGAUAAAAUUAAAUGCUUUAUAUAUCAGUAUGAUAAAUAUAUUUCAUUAAAAACAAAUAAGAAAAUUAAUGGUUUAAGAACAUUAAAUGAAAAUUUAGCUGAUAAUGUAGGUUUAGAAGUAGCAGUUAAGGCAUACAUUAAAUAUAUUAAUUAUAAUAAAUUAGAUGAACCAUCAAUUCCAGGAUAUGAAAAAUAUAAUAAACUACAAUUAUUUUAUAUAGCAUUUGGUCAGACACAUUGUUCAUAUAUGUCAUAUAUAAAUGAAUUGAAACAAAUUGAGAAAGGACUACAUUCUAUUGAAUAUUAUCGUGUUAUUGGAACAAUAUCAAAUCAGGAAAAUUUUCAUAAAUCUUUUCAUUGUAAUAAUACAUUACCAAUGAAUCCAAUAAAUAAAUGCAAAUUUUGGAAUUAA